AUGAACUUCGCGCCAUACCAGGCCUCUGCUCCAGAGGAGUCCCGCUCGCCAGACACAGCAUCUCCCCGUGCCUCCUUAGACCGCCGGCCCUUCUCGCCGUCUACUUACCAGAAGCGCUCGAAUCAGGCCAGCCCCCCGCCGCUGCAGCAUCCUCAACCGCAGCGCAACUGGCAGGCCAGCGGUUACCGCAUCGCCAGCCCAAACUACCAGGCGAGCCCAGCUCCUGCCGGCGCUGCACGAUCAGCGGAUGGCUACUUUGGCAACAUAAGCAGCGGUCUGGCAGCGGACAGGGAGGGUAUCAACGAGUUCGACACGAGCCUGGGCAUCAGGCUGGACUACGAGGCAUGUCUGGCUUACCUGGCACUGCCGCCGCUGGGGGCCAUCGUGCUGUUGAUCCUGGAGAGGAAGAGCGACUACGUCAGAUUCCACGCUUGGCAGUCGGCGCUCCUAUUCACCGCUGUCUUUAUCGUCCACCUCAUCUUCUCGUGGUCGGUGUUUUUCGGAUGGCUACUUUUCCUCUGCGACCUCGGCCUGAUCGUUUUCUUGACCCUCAAGGCAUACCGUGAUGCAGACAUGCUCGACAGAUUUGAGGUUCCUUUCUUCGGCCAGAUCGCGAGCAGAUUUGUGGACGAGGAGUAG